GAGCCCGUUAUACGCUCACUGUUGGUAGACUGAGACAAGAUGCGAGCUCAACUACAACCUUCCUUUUUGGUCUAAAAAGAGGUUGUUUGGUCUGUUUGGCUACAGCUUCUGAAUUUUUGCUCUCGAUCACUGCUUGUGGCCGAUCACCCUUGCGCGCCUUGGCUGUUGUUCUCCGCAAUGCGCAAGCAGCUCGACCCUCGGAUCCCGACCCUCAUCAACAACAAUGUUAAGAAGAACCACCGGUCGUUCAUCGUGCUAGUCGGAGACAAGGGGAGGGAUCAGAUCGUCAACCUGCACUUCCUCUUAUCUCAAGCCCGUGUCUCCGCUCGUCCCUCGGUGUUGUGGUGCUAUAAGAAGGAGCUCGGAUUCACCAGUCACCGGCUCAAGCGGGAGGCCAAAAUCAAGCGGGAUGUGAAGCGCGGGCUGAGGGAAGCGAAUGACCAGAAUCCGUUCGAGAUCUUCGUGACGGUGACGGAUAUCCGGUAUACAUACUACAAGGAGUCGGAAAAGGUUCUCGGAAACACAUACGGGAUGUGCGUGCUGCAAGACUUCGAAGCUAUCACGCCCAAUCUUCUGGCGCGCACGAUAGAAACGGUGGAGGGCGGAGGACUCAUUGUGCUGAUGCUCAAGACAAUGUCGAGUUUGAAGCAGUUGUACUCUAUGACCAUGGACGUGCAUUCUCGAUAUCGCACAUCUUCCCAUGGUGCUGUCGUCGCAAGGUUCAACGAGCGAUUCAUUCUCUCUCUUGGGUCGUCCGAAGACUGUCUAUUCCUCGAUGACGAGCUGAACGUGCUACCAAUAUCAAGGGGGAAAGACAUUGAGCCUCUCGAAGACGACAGCAUCCCCAAAACAUCACCCGAGCAGACCCAGCUCGAAGAUCUGCGAUCCUCCCUAGCCGACACGACACCCGCGGGCCCGUUACUCACCCUCUCCAAAACGCUUGAUCAAGCCCAAGCCAUCCUCACAUUCAUCGAGGCCAUCUCCGAAAAGACGCUGUCGUCGACCGUCACCCUCACUGCAGCCCGCGGCCGAGGCAAGUCGGCUGCUCUGGGGCUGGCGAUCGCCGCUGCACUAGCGCACGGAUAUUCGAACAUCUUCGUAACGAGCCCGAGCCCAGAGAACUUGAAGACGCUCUUCGAGUUCAUCUUCAAGGGCAUGGAUGUUCUGGGCUACGAAGAGCAUCUGGACUACGACAUCAUGCAGAGUGUGCCGUCCGAGGGUCAAUCGAAAGGUUCUAUUGUACGGGUCGAUGUGUUCAAGAACCACCGGCAGACGAUACAAUACAUCCAACCUCAAGACGCACAUGUCCUCGGUCAAGCCGAGCUGGUCAUCAUCGAUGAAGCAGCGGCGAUCCCCUUGCCGCUUGUGCGGAACCUCAUUGGCCCAUAUCUUGUCUUCCUGGCCUCGACCAUCAACGGAUAUGAGGGUACUGGGCGUAGUCUGUCGCUGAAGCUCAUCCAGCAGCUCCGAGAAAGCACCCGUCCGUCCUUGACAAAAGCCCCUGCCGGUGGAAACGACGACAAGGCCGCGGCGAGCGGCACCAAGAAGACCCCCAAAGCGGCUCCGAAAGCACGCACGCUCCGCGAAGUCAAGCUGACCACGCCCAUCCGGUACAGCGCGGGCGACCAGAUCGAGAAGUGGCUCUACAACGUCCUCUGUCUGAACGCGACGACGAACUCCUCUUCAUCAUCCCACCGCGGGACACCCCAUCCGUCGACGUGCUCGCUGUUCUACGUCAACCGGGACACGUUGUUCAGCUACCACCCCGCGAGCGAGGUCUUCCUGCAGCGCAUGAUGGCGCUCUACGUCGCAUCGCACUACAAGAACCAGCCGAACGACCUGCAGAUGCUGUCCGACGCACCGGCCCACCAUCUGUUCGUUCUGCUCCCUCCGAUCAAAGACGACGAAGAGACGUUGCCGGAGCCGCUGGUCGUGCUGCAAGUCGCACUCGAGGGUGGGCUGAGCAAGGACACGGUGCUGGAUGCUGCAGGCAGGGGCAAGACCGCUUCGGGGGACAUGAUCCCGUGGGUCGUCAGCGGACAGUUUUUGGAGAGCGGGUUCGCCAGUCUGUUGGGGGGCAGGAUAGUCCGGGUGGCUUGUGAUCCAGAUUACGCUGGGAUGGGUUAUGGAUCGCGAGCUUUGGAAGCGCUGAAGUCGUACUUCACGGGUGAACUGUACAACUACGACGAAGCGGAGAAGGCUGCUGGCGUCACGUCCUUCACGCGGGACGACAUCGACCCUAAUGCGAAUGAUUUGCUGACUGAGACGCCGAGCGUCAGACCAGUUUCGAGCAUGCCUCCACUAUUGCAGCGGCUGUCCGAGCGAAAGCCCGAGAUUCUCGAUUAUCUCGGUGUAAGCUACGGGCUAACAGGACAGCUUCUGCGGUUCUGGAAACGGGCCGGCUAUGUGCCAUUGUAUCUGCGGCAGACAACGAGCGAGCUGACGGGCGAGCACAGCUGUGUUAUGGUCCGAGGACUGGCUGAGGGCCAGGACUGGCUCGGAGAGUUUGCCAAGGAUUUCCGAAGAAGAUUCUUGUCUCUGCUGUCUUACAAAUUCCGGGAGUUUAGCAGUGCUACCGCGUUGAGUAUCCUGGAAGCUGUCAAAUCGGUGGACAUCGAAUCAAAAGAGCUUGGCGCGACCGAGCUGUCGUUCCUAUUGACUCCAUUCGACUUGAAGCGGCUUGAAGCAUACACCAAUAACAUGCUCGAUUACCAUGUCAUCCUGGACCUGGUGCCCAAAGUGGCCGGCAUGUAUUUCGAGCGCAGGCUUGUCAACGAUGUCAAGUUGACAGCGGUGCAAAGCGCGAUCCUUCUCGGAUUGGGAUUGCAGCACAAGCAGCUCGAGGACCUCGAGACGGAACUGACCGUGCCCGUGUCACAAACUCUGGCGCUGUUCAGCAAAGUCGUCGCGAAGCUGACAAAGCGGCUGGUCGCGAUCCAGAAAGACGCGAUCAGCGCUGAACUCCCCGAGCCAGCAGCUGCCCCUGCUGCCCCUUCAGACAAGCCUGCUCUGCCGUCCCUUGAAGCGGAGCUCGACGAAGCUGGUGCCGCCGAGAUGAGCAAGGACCGACAGCGCCAGCGGGAGAUGAUCGACAGCCUCGACCUCAAGCAAUACGCAAUUAACGAUGUGACCGCGGACUGGAGCAUGGCCGAGACGCAGAUCGGGAAGGCACGCGGGAACACGAUCGUCAGCGUCAAGUCCACCGCCCAGAAGCGCAAGAACGACGAAGUGGAGAGGAACGAUGCGGAGAAGAAGGCGAAGACGAGGAGAGGGAAAAAGGCUAAGCGAUAGUUCGCUGCGGCCUGAAAGAAGACGAAAGGCAUGGUGGAACCUCGAGCGUGAGACUCUACUUUCUACGACACGCAGGAGGUGGUGAGCGUGCGAGCGAGCGAGAGACUACGUGAGACAACUCAGAGAUGUUAGCCCAGGCAAAAAAGCCAAGGUGCAUGCUUGAAGCUUGCAGUCCGUAUCUCCAUCAUGUAGUAUCAGCACUGACACGUGUAUGCCGGAUAAAAAUACCAAGUCCUAUGCAGAGAUGGGCAUGAGUCUGGCAACCCGAUCUGAUUCCCCAUGUAAACCAAGAGUCGCUACUGCAAGAGCCAACGCGAUAACGUGUUGAGAUCUCAGGCCCAAGCAGCGCGACCAUGCUCAAGAAUAAACGAUGCGUCCAACGAAGUCACCCCAUCGUUUCAGCCGAAAGAUGGCUCAUUUCAUC